CCAGCCCCCAUGGCUUCAGAAGAGCUACAGAAGGAUCUAGAAGAGGUAAAGGUGUCGCUGGAAAAGGCUACUAGGAAAAGAGUACGUGAUGCUCUUACAGCUGAAAAAUCCAAGAUUGAGACAGAAAUCAAGAACAAGAUGCAACAGAAAUCACAGAAGAAAGCAGAACUUCUUGAUAAUGAAAACCCAGCUGCUGUGGUUGCUCCCAUUACAACGGGCUAUACGGUGAAAAUCAGUAAUUAUGGAUGGGAUCAGUCAGAUAAGUUUGUGAAAAUCUACAUUACCUUAACUGGAGUUCAUCAAGUUCCCCCUGAGAAUGUGCAGGUGCAUUUCACAGAGAGGUCAUUUGAUCUUUUGGUAAAGAAUCUAAAUGGGAAGAUUUACUCCAUGAUUGUGAACAAUCUCUUGAAACCCAUCUCUGUGGAAGGCAGUUCAAAAAAAGUCAAGACUGAUACAGUUCUUAUAUUGUGUAGAAAGAAAGUGGAAAACACAAGGUGGGAUUACCUGACCCAGGUUGAAAAAGAGUGCAAAGAAAAAGAGAAGCCCUCCUAUGACACUGAAACAGAUCCUAGUGAGGGAUUGAUGAAUGUUCUAAAGAAAAUUUAUGAAGAUGGAGAUGAUGAUAUGAAGCGAACCAUUAAUAAAGCCUGGGUGGAAUCAAGAGAGAAGCAAGCCAAAGGAGACACGGAAUUUUGAGACUUUAAAGUCCUUUUGGGAACUGUGAUGUGAUGUGGAAAUACUGAUGUUUCCAGUAAGGGAAUAUUGGUGAGCUGCAUAUAUAAAUUUGACAGAUAGCUAUUUACAUAGCCUUCUAAGUAAAGGCAGUGAAUUCUCCAUUUCCUACUGGAGGAUUUAUUUAAAUAAAAUAUGCUUAUUAAACACUCCUGCAAAGAUGGUUUUAUUAGUACCCUGGUCAUUUUGUUCAAGGAAGGGUUAUAUUGCAUUCUCAUGUGAAAUACAAAAAGCAAGUCUUGCCCAAUAAAAACGCUACAUUGUGUGUAUUUUUUGUUCAGCUAAGAAUUGGAAAAGUAUUUGCUUGCCUUUAAGUUACUGACAUCAGCUUCCACCAGUGUAAAAAUUGAGUAAAACCUGAAGUUUUGCAUAAAAUGCAAAUCGGUGCCUGUGCUUGAAGGUUGCUGUAGAGCAUCUGACCCCUUAUUACCACCUGAAGCAAUGUAUAUGCCAUGCAUUACCAUGCACUAAUUCAAUCACAGGUGUUUCUAUCUAGAUUUAAAUGUAUUUGUCAAUGAAUGUGGAAUAGAAACUAAAUCUAAACAUGACAAUAACAGACACACAUCUUUGUAUGGUACCAGUUAGUUUUGCCGUGGGUCAGAUGGUUUA